AUGGCGGGCGUGGAGCAGCACGAGGGCACCAUCCAGGUGCAGGGCCAAAGCCUCUUCUUCCGAGAGGCUCGGCCUGGCAGUGGGCAGGCCGCCCGCUUCUCUGUGCUGCUGUUGCAUGGCAUACGCUUCUCCUCUGAGACCUGGCAAAACCUGGGCACGCUGCACAGGCUGGCCGAGGCUGGCUACCGGGCUGUGGCCAUUGACCUGCCAGGUCUGGGGCGCUCCAAGGAAGCAACCCCUGCCCCUAUUGGGGAGCUGGUCCCCAGCAGUUUCCUGGCAGCUGUGGUGGAUGUCUUGGACCUGGGCCCCCCAGUUGUGGUCAGCCCAUCGUUGAGUGGCAUGUACUCCCUGCUCUUCCUCACUGCCCCAGACUCCCAGCUCCGAGGCUAUGUGCCAGUGGCCCCCAUCUGCACUGACAAAAUCAAUGCUGUCGACUAUGCCAGAGUGAAGACCUCGGUUCUUAUUGUAUAUGGAGACCAGGACCCCAUGGGUCAGACCAGCUUUGAGCACCUGAAGCAGCUGCCCAAUCACCGGGUGUUGGUCAUGGAGGGGGCAGGGCACCCCUGUUACCUUGACAAACCUGAGCAGUGGCACACAGGGCUGCUGGAUUUUCUGAAAGAGCUGGCAUGAGGCUCAGCCCUGCGGAUGGGGGUGGGCCACUUGCCUGCCUUGGGCUCUCUCUUGCUCAUUCUCUCUCCUUCCCUCCGUGGGCUCCUGCUCUUCAUGCACAUACAACAGGUGUGUCUAUCUGGGUUCUUGUCUUCUAGGGUCUGUCUUAUCCUCUUCUUUCUCUUUCAGUGACAGACUGAAAAAGUGAAGUCAAGCAAAAAAAAAAAGUCAGUAAUCAAGGGACAUAAUCUGGUGGAGGGUAAUUAAUUCAUUAGAUGACCUCCUAUAGGCUUCUCCCAGCCUCCCCCCACCUCCCACCUCCUCCUUUGGCUUCCCUGCUGGGCACACACACACCCCUAUCUCCACCCCUUAGACCAUAGAUACAUACAUGCCCACAUUCAUGCUUACACAUUAGAACCGUCUAUGUUCCCAAAUAUGAUCCAUCACUUGAGGCAACCACACAGGUACAUGCAGCUCUGAGCUGACACUAACACACACACAGCCACUUUGCACUGCAUACACAAACACACGCAUGCUCUGCCCCCGCACAAAGACUUGCACAGGCACAUGCUGCUCUCCCCAACCAUGCAGCACCCCAUGUCUAGGAAGAUGGGGACCCCAUGGUCCAGCCCUUUCAGGAGACUCUCUGCCAGGUUUAGGGUGCCACCAGCUCUGAACUUCAUUCACCCACAGGUUGCAGGAAUGACCCCAAAAGGGAAGGACCACCCCUUCGACCCUCAGAUUUCCAGCCUCCUUCUGGGUAUUCCACAGCUUCCCAGGUUAUUAGGCCUGGGUUUUUCUCAGCCAAGCUAGAUUCCUGCUCUGAGGUUUGGGGGAUGGGGAGACAGAGUGGAGGUCUGCGAAAUAAAGUGAUGCAAUUAGA